CAUACAUGUAAAUCCCAACAUCUCCCAUAGCUCAACUUGCCCACCAACCAACGCCGUAUCUCUCUAUAAUUCCUUUCUAGCAGUUGCUUGUUCUGGUGCAUGUGGUGUUUGGUGCCCGAUGACUGGUGAUUGGUGACUGGUGACUGGUGACUGGUGACUGGUGACUGGUGAGCCUUCCCCUACCCCUCCAUCAACCUCCAAAUCUUCUUCUUCAAGGAGCAGAUCUUGAGUUUGCGAAAUGGCUCGGAAGAAGAUCAGAGAGUAUGACUCCAAGAGACUGCUGAAGGAGCACCUGAAGCGCCUUGCCGGUAUUGAUGUCCAGAUCUUCUCUGCUCAGGUAACUGAAUCUACUGACUUCACCGAGUUAAUGAAUCAACAACCUUGGCUUUCAUCCACAAGAUUAGUUGUGAAGCCUGAUAUGCUGUUUGGGAAACGUGGGAAGAGUGGCUUGGUUGCAUUGAAUUUAGAUAUUGCUCAAGUUGCUGAGUUUGUGAAAGCACGCAUUAGUAAAGAGGUUGAGAUGGGUGGUUGCAAGGCACCAAUAACAACCUUCAUUGUUGAACCUUUUCUCCCACAUGAAAAUGAGUAUUACCUUUCAAUAGUCUCUGAGAGGCUUGGCUGCACCAUUAGCUUUUCGGAAUGUGGUGGUAUUGAGAUAGAAGAGAAUUGGGAUAAGGUUAAGACUAUAUUCCUUCCAACUGAGAAACCUAUGACACAGGAUGCAUGUGCACCUCUGAUAGCUACACUUCCUUUGGAGGUCCGAGGAAAGAUUGGCAUGUUCAUAAUGGGAGUUUUCUCUGUAUUUCAAGAUCUGGACUUCAGCUUUCUGGAGAUGAAUCCAUUUACACUGGUGAAUGGAGAGAUAUAUCCACUGGAUAUGAGGGGAGAACUGGAUGACACUGCUGCAUUCAAGAACUUUAAGAAGUGGGGUGGUAUAGAGUUUCCAUUGCCUUUUGGAAGAGUUCUGAGCCCUACAGAGAGCUUCAUCCAUACAUUAGAUGAUAAGACAAGUGCAUCUUUGAAAUUUACUGUUUUGAAUCCAAAAGGACGUAUCUGGACUAUGGUUGCUGGAGGUGGAGCAAGUGUUAUAUAUGCUGAUACUGUUGGAGAUUUAGGCUAUGCAUCAGAGCUUGGUAAUUAUGCAGAGUAUAGUGGAGCUCCAAAUGAGGAGGAAGUCUUGCAAUAUGCAAGAGUUGUCAUUGAUUGUGCUACAGCAGACCCUGAUGGGCGAAAGAGAGCUCUACUUAUUGGAGGCGGUAUUGCUAACUUCACUGAUGUUGCUGCUACUUUUAGUGGCAUUAUUCGAGCUCUAAGAGAAAAGGAAGCCAAGUUAAAAGCGGCCAGAAUGCACAUCUAUGUUCGAAGAGGUGGUCCAAACUAUCAGACCGGUUUGGCAAAGAUGCGUGUUCUCGGAGAGGAGCUGGGAGUUCCCAUUGAGGUAUAUGGACCUGAGGCCACAAUGACCGGCAUAUGCAAGCAGGCAAUUGAUUGCAUCAUGUCUCAAGCAUAGACCUUCAACUCUUCUUUUUCUUCUCACUCAAUGUUUGUCGUUACUCUGGUGCAUCAGCUCCGGCUUGGAUUGUUGUAACUGUAAACUUCAGAACUCCGAGCUACUUCUACUUUUUAUUUCUUUUGUCAACAUUUUUGGACAAGGUUAAGGAAUAAACAUGAAAUUUGGUU